CAUUGUUAUGAUCGCACGAGUGAUAUUAUUGACAGACGGCUGGUCACAUCAAACAGUAAACACAGGAACGUCAUGAUAGUAGGCGAUCGCGUCUGAAUAUGUGGAAGGACAAGGCAGACAGGGUUUGUCGAUUCUGCAAGGACGUGUUCUGCUGCGCAAAAUGUCGCGAUCGCCACGUAAAUAAGAUGCAUUUCGACCUGAAUGUCGACUGUUGCCUGUGCGCUUUUGAAAUACUGCCGAUACGAUAUGGCGAGUUUAUGAAACUGAAUCUGAGGGACGAGGAAUUAUUGAAUCAUAUAGUGGAAAAACAUUUGCCGUUACAUUGUCAGCUGUGUGGUGACUUAUACAAAUCUAAAGAAGAUUUCAAGUCCUUCGACAAGUGCAAGUGGUGGUCUCAAUUUUCGCUAUCACCGAUAGGCCUUGAACAGAAGCUGAAACAAUAUUGUAUAAGCAAUUACAACGGAAUUUGUACGCCACCCGAGCUCCAACGAAAGACCAGCACGCCGAUGCUCGGCCAGAAGGCCAGUUUCGAGACUCCCUGUGUGCCAUAUUUCAGCCUCAAGACACCCAAAACAAACUCACCGAUCAACGCUCAAAUAUCACAGAACAGUGGUAUCUGCAGUAUCACCGAGUUCUUCAGCUUCUCUCACAUCUCAAACGAGGAUACUCCUUUCAGAACCUUCAAGGACGAACAGUCGUCCAAAAAUAAUUCCGGCAGGAAGCUGAAUAUCAUGGAGGAAGAAGAUGAAAUUGCUGAUAACAAAGCCGAGAAAAUAACCGCGGAUGAGACGGUAUAUAUGAAUCUGACAGAAGCUGAAGGCGGGAUUCUGGAAUCGCCGGCCUCGAACAUCUGUGAAAAAUCAGACAGAACGCCGGAUGUUGUGAAGAAAGUGAGGUUCUCCGAUCAACAUGAAACUGUAUUGAAAUGCGACGACUCAAUAAAGUCCUGCGUUAAGAUCACAUUAAACGCAUCGACGGAAGAGGAGAAGUUCCAUGAUGCUCAUCAAAUCUCAAGUACGCCAAGUGCGAAGAAUUUGGAAGACACGAAUGAUAUAAAAGACACGAGGAAGAUCGUGCAAGACAUAGAGAAUACAAAAGACAACCAGGUGGAGAUCAAAAAGUGUUCUUCCGAAAAACCUCUGCAAAAUUCUUCCGAUCUGCAAAACGACACGAAGAACACAGAAAAGGAGAAUCAAAAUCCCGAAAUAAAAGACGAAGACUCGUCAGCUAUGUGUCGGCAAGAAUCCAGCAGGGUAUUAAUAACGGUAUUGAUGGAAAGCAAUUCGGGAGAUUUGAACACUGAUCUGAUGCCUCUAAUUAAUUCAGGUCUGAAGAAGCUACAAGAACAACUUGCGUCGACGAAUCAACCGUCUUCGGAGGUUGAGUCUACUGAUACUGUUAACUUAUCCAAGAAAUCUAUUACGAGGAUGCAGAUGAGUGUCGAGAAUGUCGAGAGUUAUUCCACGAAGGAUCCGACAGAUCGUCGACAGAUCGUGCCAUCUUCUUCAUUACCUACGCGAAACGUUAAAAAUAACAAUGGAUUCUUUGCUGCCGUCGCGCAAGCUAUGAAGUACGCCCUAAAAAGUUUCUCUGGCUUGGGCAUUCCAGCAAGCAACAACCAAGUCACAACAACCGAAGUAAUCGAACAGCGGAAAAUCAUUGAGGAAUCGACAUCGACAUCCCUGGAACCAGCCACAGCAUCCAGCCACAGCAUCCAGCUUCGACCUAACAAACGAGCCCGCGAAAUAGCUGAGGUGACUCCAAUGCAAGUGGAUUCAGCCGUGGACAUCCAAAGUCCUCUGGCAAAACGUCAGAAAGGAUGGUAUACGAUGAUCAAAGCACGUCAACCGAUUCAUCGGAUGCGAAACAGGUACACGCCGACAUCGUCCAAAGGAGUGCAAGUUUUCAGUCAAGGAUCUCUGACGGUUGGCGAUACGGUCCUCCCGCUUCCUGUGCGAGCACAUCAGUCUACGCAAACCGAAUGAUCAUUUCUUUUUUUUGUCAAUAAAAGAUUAAGACAUCAUUAUGUAUCCUGCCAGUAUAAUAGACGAAUUAAGAGAAAUAUUUUAAUGAGAAUGUAUUUUAUGAAAUUAAUCAUGAGCGUUUAAAAAAUUGUUUAUACAAUGGAACACUUAGUUUACAAAUUUGUUUCUUGUUAUAAUAAUUUAUUACAGAAUAUUCGAAAAGAGAUUUAUUUCAAGUCGCAAUGACGUGUUAUAAAUAUGUGUUGAUAUUAUACAUUAUAUUAAAUACAUUUAAAAGAUGCUUGAGUG